AUGGAGGACAUGGAGGACACGGUGGACAUGGACAUGGUGGACCACCACAUCAUGGCGGCCACCACGGACCGCCGCAUCACCAUGGACCACCCCACCAUCACCACGGACCGCCGGCAAACAGCAACAGGAGAAGCAAAAAAGGAGCUUACAGCCAAAGACUCGAACCCGGAUCCGGAUCGGGCUCCGUCUCUGGGUGCAGUGCAUGCAAAAGAACAGGCCUGGCUGGGCCUGUGCCUGUGCCUCUGCCUGGGCCUGGUCGGAGUCUGCCUAGCCUCGGGCCAAAGUCCGAUGAAAACGCCGGCGCGGCCCACACUGACAUCAGAACCCAGCCAACGUUCUAGCAAGUCAUUCGAAAAUAUGAACUCCUACUUUGUGAUCGCUUUGAGUGCUGUGCUCGUGGCCCUGGCCCUGGCCUCGCCCAUCGAACUGAAUGACGAUCAGAAGGCGCUGGCCAAGCAGCAUGGCGAGCAGUGCUCCACGGAACUGAAUCUGACCGAGGAGGAGGUGGCCAAGGUGAAGGCCAAGGACUUCAAGAAUCCCACAGAGAACAUCAAGUGCUUUGCCAACUGCUUUUUCGAAAAGGUCGGCACCCUGAAGGACGGCGAACUGCAGGAAGAAGUUGUCCUCAAGAAGCUGGGCGCCUUCAUCGGCGAGGAGAAGACCAAGGCGGCCCUGGACAAGUGCCGCUCCAUCACGGCCGACAACAAAUGUGAUAAGGCUGUCAAGCUCCACGAGUGCUUCGAGGAAUUCAAACCCGAUGCCAAGGCUUAAACUACAUAGACAACAGCAACGAAAAAAUAUGAAGUCUGGCAAAAUGUGAUUGAUUUGUGUGCGCAGUGAAUAGGAUAAAUAUUUGAAUACACAAUUUGUCAGAGAAA